CUCUCUCUCUCUCUGUGCCGCUGCGCGAGUCCAACACCCUCUCCAAUGACUCAAGUCCAACAUUGAGGAGAACCCAGUCGACGCCAUGAGGGGUGUUGAGCUCCGCCGCCGCUCCUUCCUCCGCCUCGCUUGCUUCCUCAGCCUCCUCGUCGCUAUCAGAUCGAGCGACGCCGGAGACUUGGACCUCCUGAUGUCGUUCAAGACUGCAGUAGCAAACCCCCAGCUGCUCCCGAGCUGGGACGCACUGCGCGGUCCCUGCUCCUUCUCCGGCGUUACGUGCGGCGCGGGAGGCCGCGUCGUUGCCAUUGCGCUGCAGUCCGUUCCUCUCGGCGCAGAGUUCCGCGCGGUGUCGUCCUCCAUCCUGGCCCUGGGAGGCCUCGUGAGCCUCUCCCUCCGCGCCGUCAACCUCACAGGGGACGUCGCUGGGGUCCGCUGUGGCGGCCGGCUCGCCGAGCUAGAUCUUUCCGGCAAUAGCCUCCAGGGCUCCAUCGCCGACGUGGCCUCUCUCGCCGCGGCUUGCUCCGGGUUGAAGUCUCUCAACCUCUCCGGAAACUCGGUUGGUGUUCCACCUAUGGCCGCGGGAGAUGGUCCCGCGGCCGUCGGGUUCCAGCUCGAGACGCUUGACCUUUCCUUCAACAAGAUCUCCGGCGAGUUCGACCUCCGGUGGCUCCUCUCCAACCUCGGUUCCCUCCGCCGCCUCGACCUGGUCGGAAGCCGCCUCUCCGGCGGGAUACUGGCCAUCACCAACUGCUCCUACCUUCAGCACCUGGACCUCUCGUACAGCGGCCUCUCCGGCGUGAUCGGCGACGGGGUCUUCGGCCACUGCCGAAGCUUGGCCUACCUGAAUCUCUCUUCCAACCACUUUACCGGUACUCUCCCCUCCGACCUCUCCUCUUGCACUUCCUUGAGAACCCUCAGCCUCUCCAACAACAACUUCUCCGGCGAGUUACCCGUCGAAACUCUGACCUCGAUGCCGUACCUCGCGAUCCUCGAGUUCGCCUUCAACGACGUCAAUGGCAGCCUAGGGGACUCGAUCACGAGGAUGCCGAUGCUCGAAGUGCUCGACCUGAGCUCGAACCGGUUGUCGGGAUCGAUCCCCUCGGAGCUUUGCCCGAACCCGGGCUUCGCCUUGAAUACGCUCGACCUCCAGAACAACCAGCUCACUGGCGGCAUCCCGGAGUCUCUGAGAAAUUGCACCAAGCUCGUAACCCUCGAUCUCAGCCUCAACUACCUCACCGGAGCCAUUCCUUCCGGUCUGGGCUCGCUGCCUUCCCUCCGUGAUCUGAUCAUGUGGCAGAACUUGCUCGAGGCAGAGAUCCCGCCGGAGCUUGUCAACCUCCGAUCCCUUGAGAACCUCAUCCUCGACAACAAUGGCCUUAACGGUUCGAUCCCUGCUGGGCUCGUCAACUGCACCAAUUUGAACUGGCUCUCUUUGUCGAGCAAUCACUUGAGUGGAACGAUCCCCCCGUGGAUCGGGCAGCUUCAUAACUUGGCCAUUCUCAAGCUCGGUAACAACUCCUUCUCCGGCCCUAUUCCGCCGGAGCUCGGAGACUGCAAGAGCUUGGUAUGGCUGGACCUCAACAAUAACCAGCUCAGUGGAUCGAUUCCGCCGACCCUGGCGAAACAGUCCGGCAAAAUCGCGGUGGGCUUGGUCACCGGCGAGCCGUACGUGUACCUGAAGAACGAUGGGACCAGUGGAUGCCGUGGGACAGGUAAUCUCCUUGAGUUUGCUGGCAUCCGGCCGGAGGACCUUGACCGGUUGCCUAGCCGGCGGUUCUGUAACUUCACCAGGGUUUACAAGGGUCUCACACAGUACACCUUCAACAACAAUGGCUCGAUGCUGUUCCUCGACCUUUCUUUCAACCAGCUGACCGGCCAGAUUCCCAAGGAGCUCGGCAAUAUGUACUAUCUUCUGAUCCUGAACCUUGGCCACAACUUCCUCUCAGGUUUGAUACCUACGGACUUGGGGAGCCUGCGAUAUGUAGCCGUGUUGGAUCUUUCUCAUAAUGCUCUUGAGGGACCAAUCCCUUCGUCCUUCUCAGGCCUUGCUAUGUUGGCUGAGAUUGAUCUCUCGAACAAUGAGCUUAAUGGAUCGAUUCCUGAGCUAGGUCAGUUGGCAACCUUUCCACGGUACCGAUAUGAGAACAAUUCAGGCCUUUGCGGGUUUCCUCUCCCAUCUUGCGAGGACAUCGCUGGUGCAAAUUCGAGCACCCAACAUCAGAAGUCCAACCGGAGGCAAGCCUCUCUUGCCGGGAGUGUUGCUAUGGGAUUGCUCUUCUCUCUGUUCUGCAUUUUUGGUUUGAUCAUAAUCGCAGUGGAGAGUAAGAAACGACAGAAGAAGAAAGAUAGCAGUAACUGCUCGCGGGACAUCUACUUUGACAGCCGAUCUCACUCUGGCACUGCCAAUUCAAAUUGGAAGCUUACAGCAACUAAGGAUGCCUUGGUUAUCAACCUUGCCACCUUCGAGAUGCCUCUCAGAAAGCUCUGUUUCGCCGACCUGGUUGAGGCCACCAAUGGCUUCCAUAAUGAUAGCCUAAUUGGUUCUGGUGGAUUCGGUGAUGUUUAUAAAGCCCAGCUGAAGGAUGGCAGUGUUGUUGCCAUCAAGAAACUGAUUCAUGUUAGCGGGCAAGGUGACCGUGAGUUCACAGCUGAGAUGGAGACCAUUGGAAGGAUCAAGCACCGCAACCUAGUUCCGCUGUUGGGCUACUGCAAAGUUGGAGAAGAACGACUUUUAGUGUACGAGUACAUGAAAUUUGGGAGUCUAGAAGAUGUCUUGCAUGAUGGGAACAAGGUUGGAAUCAAGCUGAACUGGGCAGCCAGGAGGAAGAUAGCCGUGGGGGCAGCUAGAGGUUUAGCAUUCCUACACCACAACUGCAUUCCUCACAUUAUUCACAGAGAUAUGAAGUCCAGCAAUGUUCUUCUUGAUGAGAAUUUAGAAGCUAGAGUCUCAGAUUUUGGGAUGGCAAGACUGAUGAGUGCAGUGGACACGCAUCUGAGCGUGUCUGCACUAGCAGGCACCCCUGGCUAUGUUCCACCUGAGUAUUACCAGAGCUUUCGUUGCACCACCAAGGGAGAUGUUUACAGCUAUGGUGUUGUCUUGCUCGAGCUGCUCACUGGGAGGCGGCCGACGGACUCGAUGGACUUUGGUGACAACAACUUGGUGGGGUGGGUCAAGCAGCACUCCAAACUAAGAAUAAGUGAUGUCUUCGACCCAGAGUUAUUGAAGGAGGAUCCCUCUCUUGAACUUGAGCUCUUAGAGCAUCUUAAGAUCGCUUGUUCCUGCCUUGAUGAUCGGCCAUUGCGUCGACCAACCAUGCUAAGGGUGAUGACAAUGUUCAAGGAGAUACAGGCAGGUUUGUCCAUGAAUGCCACAUCUUCUGCCCCAGCAGCCUCAAUGGAUGGUGGCUUCUAUGAGGGGGAUAUGAGCUUGAAGGAGAGCAAAGAAGAGAAGGAUUAGAGCUGGAGAUGAAUUCAAGAAGGAAAUAUACUUCCCACAUGAAGGAGCUGAUUUCAUUCAGAAUAAAAAGACAUAACACAUGGGAACCAAGGAUUUUUGAACCUUGUCUUGUAGAUAAAUGAUGAUGCAUGCAUUGUGACAGUUAUUUUGAGCUUAUUCAUGGAGUCCAUGGCUGUUCUCUCCAAAUUCAUGUGCGCUAAUUGGUGUAGACAUCCUUAACUACUUGAUGGAGACGAAAGGAGGAUAAUAGAACCGGAACUACAGUGUAUCGAUUUGAUUAAUUUCUACUUCAUGCACAUGAUUCGAGGCAAAGCAUUGGGAGAACACAGAGGUUCAUGGAAGUCACAAAGUAGCAGUUUUUGAGAGGCCAAGAUAAAGCACAAGAUUUGAGAGCUGGAGGGAGCAAAGAGCAGCAAAUUGCACGGUAAGUUGGAACAUCACCGUAGUUCUCCGUUCUUCUAAUCAAAAUUUGAGGUGAGGAGAUGUACUGAUGCCCAGGAUGAUCACAGUGAGUGGAUAAGCAUAAAAAACUGUGGAUAAAACAAUGGCUGCACCUACAGCUCGCCUCCAUGGCACGGGGUGCGGCACAAGGGCGUGCUGAUGGGGAGGGUUUGCCCCCCUACCAACCCUGCAGGGUCUCCUUCAGGCAGGAGGCCGUCACCAUCCUGCUUCAACUCUUUGUUCAUGGAGGCAGCUGGUGCCUCCAGUCUUGUUCAUGAGUGCCAUGGAUCACCUAAAUGUCUCAUGGUGAUUAAAUCUUUAGGCCCCAAUGAUUUCGAUGAGGUAAUUUGUUUUUCUUAAAAUAAACUGCACUUGGAUUUGAUUGUUAUUACCCUUUACUAAUUUGCAGAAGAGGUAUAAUUUCCUA